CCGUAACCGAGCCCUGAGCCGCCUGCGCGGAUCGGCGUCCGCAGCGGGCGGCUGCUGAGGUGAGGGCCGGGCAAGAGAAGAGGCAUACCCGCUGGGGCGUAGGUCUGGGACCCCCGUGUCCGCCCUAGCGCGACCUCAGGACUCCCCGUGUCCCCUCCGUGACCCCCGCGGCCCGGGCCGCUCUUUGCAUCUUGUCUUGCCCACAGCUGGCCUCGGCCGGGUCCGAGGGCCUGGAUGCGACCUUGGGGCAGCCCCUACUCUUCCGGGCAGCCCACUGCCGCGGCCACCGGUGCAGGGCAUGCCCCGGGGCCGUGGAGCUGCCUUGAGGUGCAGUGUUGGGGGUCCAGAGCCAUGUCGGACCUGCUACUACUGGGCCUGAUUGGGGGCCUGACUCUCUUACUGCUGCUGACGCUGCUGGCCUUUGCCGGGUACUCAGGGCUACUGGCUGGGGUGGAAGUGAGUGCUGGGUCACCCCCCAUCCGCAACGUCACUGUGGCCUACAAGUUCCACAUGGGGCCCUAUGGUGAGACUGGGCGGCUUUUCACCGAGAGCUGCAGCAUCUCUCCCAAGCUCCGCUCCAUCGCUGUCUACUAUGACAACCCCCACAUGGUGCCCCCUGAUAAGUGCCGAUGUGCCGUGGGCAGCAUCCUGAGUGAAGGUGAGGAAUCGCCCUCCCCUGAGCUUAUCGACCUCUACCAGAAAUUUGGCUUCAAGGUGUUCUCCUUCCCGGCACCCAGCCAUGUGGUGACAGCCACCUUCCCCUACACCACCAUCCUGUCCAUCUGGCUGGCUACCCGCCGUGUCCAUCCUGCCUUGGACACCUACAUCAAGGAGCGGAAGCUGUGUGCCUAUCCUCGGCUGGAGAUCUACCAGGAAGACCAGAUCCAUUUCAUGUGCCCACUGGCACGGCAGGGAGACUUCUAUGUGCCUGAGGUGAAGGAGACAGAGCGGAAAUGGCGGGGGCUUGUGGAGGCCAUUGACACCCAGGUGGAUGGCACAGGAGCUGACACAAUGAGUGACACGAGUUCUGUAAGCUUGGAAGUGAGCCCUGGCAGCCGGGAGACUUCAGUUGCCACACUGUCACCUGGGGCGAGCAGCCGUGGCUGGGAUGACGGUGACACCCGCAGCGAGCACAGCUACAGCGAGUCAGGCGCCAGCGGCUCCUCUUUUGAGGAGCUGGACUUGGAGGGCGAGGGGCCCUUAGGGGAGUCACGGCUGGACCCUGAAACUGAGCCCCUGGGGACUACCAAGUGGCCCUGGGAGCCCAGUGCCCCUGAGAAGGGCAAGGAGUAACCCGUGGCCUGCACCCUCCUGCAGUGCAGUUGCUGAGGAACUGAGCAGACUCUCCAGCAGACUCUCCAGCCCUCUUCCUCCUUCCUCUGGGGGAGGAGGGGUUCCUGAGGGACCUGACUUCCCCUGCUCCAGGCCUCUUGCUAAGCCUUCUCCUCACUGCCCUUUAGGCUCCCAGGGCCAGAGGAGCCAGGGACUAUUUUCUGCACCAGCCCCCAGGGCUGCCACCCCUGUUGUGUCUUUUUUUCAGACUCACAGCGGAGCUUCCAGGACCCAGAAUAAAGCCAAUGAUUUACUUGUUUCA